UUGGGUUGUUUCAUUUAAUUUCUUUUAAAAUCUUGAUGUUCCAAGACAUGCACAAUGGACAAGAUCUUCUUUUGCUUUUUGAUUCCCCUUCCCAUUUUGUAUUAGAAUAAUUUAAUGGACAAAGAUUUGUUUCUUGGACCAUGACUACCAUUACACUGUGCACAUAUUUGCUUUGAGGAGGGAAGUUUUGAGAUAGAAAAUGGAUACACAAAAUCUUGAGUGCCCAUUGAUUGUAGAAACUGUAAAGGAAGAGUGUAAGAAGAGGAGAAGAAAUGAUGAAAUAUUGGUAGAAGUGAAGAAGCUGUUGGUAUUAGCAGGGCCUCUUAUGUCAGUCAAUUUUUCACUAUUUGCCUUACAGGUUAUAUCUGUAAUGUUUGUGGGACAUCUUGGAGAGUUAGCUCUUUCUGGUGCUUCUAUGGCUACUUCCUUUGCCUCUGUCACUGGUCUCAGCUUGUUGAUGGGAAUGGCAAAUGCAUUGGACACUUUAUGUGGGCAAUCAUAUGGCGCAAAGCAGUAUCAUAUGCUUGGUAUCCAUAUGCAAAGGGCAAUGUUUGUCCUAUUACUGGCCAGUGUUCCGCUUGCCUGCAUUUGGAGUAAUGCAGAACACAUUCUUGUAUUAUUGGGACAAGAUCCGGAAAUAGCAGCUGAAGCAGGAAGUUAUGCGCGAUAUAUGAUUCCAACGAUCUUUGCCUAUGGAUUUCUCCAGUGUCAAAUCAGAUUUCUACAAGCCCAAAACAUAGUGCUACCGAUGAUGUUCAGUACUGGAAUAACAACUUUGCUGCAUUUAUUCAGUUGUUGGAUUCUGGUAUUUAAAUCUGGCCUAGGCAACAAAGGUGCUGCUCUGGCUAAUGCGAUAUCCUACUGGAUUAAUUUCUUGUUGCUAGCUGUAUAUGUCAGAAUAUCCCCGUCCUGCAAAAGCACGUGGACCGGAUUAUCAAACGAGGCAUUUCAAGAUACUUGGCAAUAUAUAAGACUUGCUAUUCCUUCAGCUGCUAUGUUCUGCUUAGAGAUUUGGUCUUACGAAAUAAUGGUUCUGUUGUCUGGACUUCUUCCAAAUCCGAAGCUAGAGACGUCAGUUCUUUCCAUCAGUCUUAAUACAUGUUGGAUGGUGUAUAUGAUACCUCUAGGACUAAGUGGUGCCACGAGCGUAAGAGUUUCGAAUGAACUAGGCGCUGGACGACCUCAAGCAGCUCGUUUAGCAGCUUGCACUGCGGUAUUCUUGGUUGCUACAGAAGGCAUUGUUGCAGCAAUAAUUUUGAUUUCGGUUCGUAAACUGUGGGGCUAUUGUUAUAGCACUGAGGAAGAAGUAGUGGGAUAUGUAGCAGAAAUGCUAAUCUUGAUAGCAGGAUCCCACUUCUUAGAUGGUAUUCAGUCUGUACUUUCAGGUACUGCAAGAGGAUGUGGCUGGCAAAAUAUAGGGGCAGCAGUUAACUUAGGAGCUUAUUACCUUUUCGGAAUACCUGCUGGUGUUGUAUUAGCUUUUGUCUACCAUUUUGGUGGAAAGGGACUUUGGUUGGGAAUCAAUCUUGCCGUCUUUGCACAAGCUCUACUUCUUUUAAUAGUUACUCUGUGCACAAAUUGGGAAAAAGAGGCAAAGAAGGCAGUUGAUAGGGUGACUCCAGAGCUAACAUAGAAGAAAAUGCAGAAUGACAUUUGACAUGUAGAGGAAGAGUUAACAUCCAAACAAUAUGGCAAGAUUCUCACAAGUUCAUCUAACUUUUCUUGGUAUACAUGAUUUUUUUUUGUAG